AUGGCCCUGGACGGCCGCCCGGCUGAGGCGCUGGCCCUGGAGGCUGAGCGUGGUGUGGACAUGAUCCUGCUGGGCUCCAGCAAGCGCCUGCGUUCCCCUGCACGCAGGCGGGGCAGAGAGCUCAUCGCCUACGAAGUCACAGUGAACCAGCGAGACAUAGAAGCUCGGGCCCUCCGCUCCUGCUCUGCAGGCUUCUUUUCUUCCACGUUGUGCAGAUGUGUUGCCCCUUGGGCCCUUGGUCCACUCUGCACCCCAGCUUUGCCCUGUGUCUCUUUAGCUAUCUGCCUCUGCUGUGGAGGUCUCCGGGUGCACACACAGCACCCCCUGUUCGAAGGAGGAAUGUGCGCCCCGUGCAAGGACAGGUUCUUGGAGGCCCUGUUUCUUUACGACGAUGACGGGUACCAGUCCUACUGCUCCAUCUGCGCCUCGGGAGGCAUGCUGCUCAUCUGCGAGAACCCUGAGUGCACGCGGUGCUACUGCUUUGAGUGCCUGGACGCGCUGCUGGGCCCAGGGACCUCGGACAAGGUGCACAGCAUGCACCACUGGGUGUGCUUCCUGUGCCUGCCCUUCCGGGGCAGCGGGCUGCUGCGGCGGCGGCGGAAGUGGCGAGACCAGCUGAAGGCCUUCCACGACCUCGAGGCGAAAAGCCCCGAGCAGAUGUACAAAACGGUGCCUGUGUGGAAGAGACAGCCGGUGCGGGUGCUGUCCCUGUUCGGGAACAUUAAGCAGGAGCUGACGAGCUUGGGCUUUCUGGAAACCGGGUCCCAGGCGGGGCGGCUGAGGCACCUGAAGGAUGUCACCGACGUCGUGCGCAGAGACGUGGAGGAAUGGGGCCCGUUCGACCUCGUGUACGGCUCCACGCCCGCUCGGGGCCACACCUGUGACCGCUCUCCUGGGUGGUUCCUGUUCCACUUCCACCGGCUGCUGCAGUACGCGCGGCCCCCGCCCAGCAGCCCACAGCCCUUCUUCUGGAUGUUCGUGGACAACCUACUGCUGACCAGCGAGGACCAGGCCACCGCCACCCGCUUCCUGGAGACGGAGCCCACCACCCUCCAGGACAUCCGAGGCCAGGUCCUGCACGGCGCCGUGCGUGUAUGGAGCAACAUCCCGGCUGUGAGGAGCAGGCACUCAGCCCUGGCCCCCGAGGAGGAAGCGUCCCUGCUGGCCCACGUCACCCGGGGCACAGAGCUCAGCGCCCGGGGCCCCGCCUCGCUUGUGAAGAACUGCUUUCUCCCACUUCGAGAAUAUUUCUCAUAUUUUUCUCAGAAUUCACUUCCUCUUUAUAAGUGAGUUGGUUCACCGUGAAGAAAGGGAAACUUUUCCUAGAACAAAGAAAAGCGCCCUCAAGAUUGUCGUCUUUCCUCUGCAGAUUUUUAUCUUUUCCCAUGGCUGGCUUUGGGGAUUCUGGGGGCGGCAGGGCCCCCACCCCACUCCUGGGGCGGCAGGGUUGUACUUCCUGGAGGGCUUCUCUGUUCCCGUGAGGAAGUAGAAAUACAGUUCUUUAAGGUGUUU